AUGUGUAACGAGGUGUUUGGGGGAGGGGGUGAACCGAGGGGACUGUUUGCAGAAUGUGAACCAAGGGAGCUGUUACCGGAAUGUGUACCGAGAUUCAAAAUUCAACCAAAAGAGGUAAAACGAGCUAUUGUGGUGAUCUCCAAGACCUGUUUCGGCGUAGACCUGUCCAGUCAGCCAUGGGAACCAUUCCAGCCACUCGGCCUCCUGAGACAACAGUAUGCCGAGUAUAAUCCGCUAGAGGAGGACCCGGAUACAAGAGGACCAACAUUGUACCUCAACUGUGCCGGAAUUUCUAAAGAUAUUCAGCCAACAACAUCUUCCCUCACCCAGAAGCCAUGCUUCUGUAAACAGCCCCGUCCUGAGACCACGCCCGCGUAUGCCCGGUCACGUGACUGCGAGACAGGUGCGAAAAAGCUGCUGGAAGGAGUUCCUGUGGAGGUAGCACUCACACUGCUGGGGCUGGGUGCAGUCGUUGGUGUUCUUCUGUCCAUCGCCCUCUGUCUCUGCAUGCCCUGCCUCACCAGGAAGAUCGAAAGUUUCCGCAAGACCCUGCUGGGAAAACCCAAACAAAGCAGGAAUAAAGGAAAGACUCUGCCCGCGCUACCUUUGCCGAUGCCGCAUCCCGUGCCUCAAGCACCAACAGACCCUAAUUACCUGCAGCCAAGCACAUUGAGCGGUCCUCAAGCACCACCUCGUCCCCACACAAUGACCACAGACACCAUGAACGACGCUGUCUAUCAUUCCCUGAACUUCCCAUCCCGCCAUGCGCCACCCGCCCCCUUGCAGGGGGAUGCACCGUACAAUGCCUCGACGCUUGGACCUCAACAGGAAUCCAUCCCUGGAUCCCCGAGUGGGCAUCACCAAACUUUGGAACUGGACAGACAAACGGGUUACACAUACAACCGACAGACAUCAAAAUUGGAGAGCGAGAAAAACAAAUUGGACCUGGAAAUGUUGGCACUAGACCUGGAUAAACACGACUAUUUUGUCCUUAUUCCUAAAACACAACUGGCAGAAGAUCACAGUUCAGGCAGUAAGGACGGUAUGGGUAGUGAAUCGCGGGUGACAACAGUGGAUGUUCCAAAUGGGUCUGUUGGAACAGCCUGUGAUAUGCAUGUGAAUGAGGUACAAUCAAAUAAAGAUGACACUUUUAUGAACAUUUCAGAUACUCCGGAAGAUGACAUACACCGCUGUACUCCACAUAGAAACAAGCCCGAGCAGCUAGACAGUGCUGAGUUUGACGGUGCAUGGGGCGGCUGGAUGCCGUGGACCACCUGCUCCGUCACUUGCGGUAGUGGCUACCACGUGCGCUCAAAGAUCUGCGACAAUCCGGAACCGGAAGGCGGCGGCGCUGACUGUGCUGGGACGGACUAUGACACGAAGCCCUGCGAUAUGUCCAACUGUCCAGUUGAUGGUGAAUGGAGCGGCUGGGAGGCGUGGACGGCGUGCACGACCACAUGUGGCACGGGCGUAACUUUUCGUACUCGCCACUGUGACAACCCCGCCCCCGCCUAUAACGGCUCAGAUUGCCCUGGCCUCAACCAGGACUUUUCUAAGUGCCUUGUCAAACACUGCCCCAUUCCUGGCGGCUGGACGAACUGGGGUGACUUUGGCCAGUGCAGUGCAACAUGUGGCUACAAUGUCUACAAAGAGAGAAAUCGGACUUGCACCAACCCGAGGCCCAUGUACGGAGGGAAGACGUGUGAUGGGGACGGCCUCGACACGGGGUUAUGCAGCUACAUUGACUGUAAAGAUGGUAUCUGGGAAACUUGGGCAGAGUGGGGCUCAUGCAGCGCCACGUGCGGCACGUCCGUUCGAUUCCGGUUCCGGAACUGCACCUUUUCCACCAGAAAUGGCACGUGCACGGGCAACGAGUACGAGAGUGACUUAUGCUCAAAUCCGUGCCCAGUAAACGGAAGUUGGUCGGACUGGAGCAGUUGGGCGCGAUGUAGUGUCACGUGCGAACAUGGAACCACACACCGGGAACGUCUCUGUGCCAAUCCGCCCGCACUCCACGGUGGUUUGCCGUGCGCGGGCGACAACGAACAAACCAAGAACUGCACAGUGCCAACACCCUGUCCAGUCAACGGCAUGUGGUCCGAAUGGACUGUUUGGUCGUCGUGUGACGCCACGUGCGACGACGGCCACAGGCUGCGCAUCCGUCGCUGCUCCCACCCGCCACCCAUGUACCACGGCAAGCCAUGUGUUGGCAAGGACAUAGAAACCGGUGCCUGUAACGAUGGACACUGCAAGAUUGACGGCGGGUGGACCCAGUGGUUCGAGUGGGGCGCGUGUUCCACCACGUGCGGCUCGGGAAGUACGUCACGCUUCCGUGUCUGCUCAAACCCAAAACCCGAGUACGGUGGAGAUUUCUGUGAUGGCGAGUUCGAAGAGUUCUCCAACUGUUCCAUCAACCCUGACGUAACAAAUUGCACAAUUGACGGUGGUUGGGGCUCGUGGGAACAGUGGAGCAGUUGCGGGGUCACAUGCGGAGACGGUAACGGCACCCGCACCCGAGCCUGCGACAACCCUAGCCCCCACGGCGAGGGGAAGUAUUGUGUUGGUAACGGAAGUGAUGUUCAGUCGUGCACCAAUCCAACGCCCUGUCCAGUAAACGGAGGUUGGGCUACAUGGCACGCGUGGUUCGCAUGCACUUCCACCUGUGGUAACGGCACCCAGACACGCUUUCGGACGUGCACCCACCCUAAACCGGCCAACGGAGGCAAUUACUGUGUUGGAAAUAACGAUGACACGAAGGGAUGCACCGGUCCUGACUGUGCUGAUACGACGUCUUUUGUUGGGUAACCAGUUUUCCUGCUCGAUUACUCUGAUGUGGCGGCUUGUAUUUGUUUCGCGUUUUGUUUCCCUUUGACAACAAUAAACUGGAUUUUGUUUU